AUGAUGAACGUCAUCGCCCGCCCCGAUGCGCGCGACGGCUCCGCCCUCCCGGCGGACGACACCGACUACACGCGCAAGCUCGGCAGGCUGCCGAAGAAGCUGAAGGUCGGCUUCGCGCUGCGCCUCGGCGAUCAUCCGCUCGACAUCGAGGUCGCCGCGAUGGUGACCAAGGCGGCGCGCGACUUCGCGGCGCUGGGCUGCAAGGUCGAGGAGGUCGAGGCGCCCUUCCCGUUCGGCGAGGCGAGCCGCGCCUUCGUGGUCCACUGGCUGUCCGCCCUGCAACGGCUGCUGCAGGUCUUCCCCGAGGCGCGCCACGAGGAGUUCGAUCCCAGCCUGCUGGCCGGGGCCAGGGCGGGCCUGCGCUGCACGCUGCAGGACGUCGUCAACGCGCAGGUGACGCGGCGCGACCUCACGCUGGCCUGGAACCUGUUCUUCGAGAAGUACGACCUGCUGCUGACGCCCACCGUCGCGGUCCAGCCCUUCGCCGCCGGCACCAACCUGCCGCCCGGACCCGACGGCAAGCCCAACGCGAUGUGGUCGCCCUACACGCCGCAGUUCAACCUGACGCGCCAUCCCGCCGCGACCGUGCCGAUCGGGCUGUCGCGACAGGGACUGCCGGUCGGGCUGCAGAUCGUCUCGGCACAUUACAAGGACGCGCUGGUAUUGCGCGCCGCCGCGGCCUUCGCCGAGAUCCAUCCCCUGACAUUCCCCGUCCUUCCGGAGACCAAGUAG